UUUUGUCAACAUUCUUUUGAAAUUGUGCAUAAUUUCAUUUCCAGCGUGAAAUGUAGAAAUCCACGAUGAAGUGUUUCUGCACAGAAGCAAAAAUGGAUGGCCGGGUGUGCCUAAUGAAAUGCUUGGAACUGACGCAUUCGCAUAUCGGCUGUCUCAGAGGCAACCUUGGGCAUCCCAUUAAGAGCGACUACCAGUCAAGAUGGCCGCCGAGCCCCGUCCCCAGCAGUGAUGCCGUCCCUUGCCCCGCCCGCCCCCCUCCUCUGCGUCCUGCUGUGGGUGUCGGCGGCCCUCCAGCGCUCCGACAUGCGUCUGGCCUACGUGACCCACAACAGCUUCUUCUGCUACUCGUGCAGCCAGGAGCCCAAACCCUGCAGCGUGGCGUCGCUCACCGACUGCCGAUGCAAAGACAUCUCGCUCACGGCGUUGCAUCGCCCGCAAUCGCCGUCCUCGCCCGUUUUCAGCAUGAAGCACUUGACCGUUUGGUAUACGUCACCUUGGAACACGGCUCGCCUGCUCAACAAUUCAGAGGUGAGGCACCUCACGUUGAUGUACUGCGGUCCGGGGGCCCCCAGGGACAGAGGAACCCCCCUUCAGGAGGGACACUUUGCUGUGCAGCACCUGGAGCGGCUGAGCGUCAUCACUUUCCCAAACAUGGACACCGACAGCGACAAUGACCUCCAUUUUGACACAAACAGAUACACAAAUGCACACCUGAGCCAGAACCCCCGCUUGGAAGCAGCGGUCCCCGCUCCCCAGGUGCAGGACAUCUACCUGGGCAGGGAGCAGGGCGCAGCGUACCAAGAGCAGGCCCGGCUGGGAAUCAUACACAGCUCAGUGCUGCAGGGAGGCGCACACGUCAAAGUCUAUACGGUCCAGACGCACAUCGACAGCGACGGGACGCUGCCCUUCCCCGACCUGCGUCUGCCUAAACUACCGGAAACAUCCGUCAUAUACGUCAGCUUUGUGUACGGGAACGAGGAACAGGGGGGAUGAGCUCACCAUUUUUUGAAGGAAAAAUGCACUUUAAAAAAAUGUUGGCCAUCUUCCACAAUCCUUAUAUGAGCCAUCAACAAAUACUGCAUGUCUCUCUCGUUUCUGCGUAUUCUAAAGAUAUAAAAACAGAUAAAAGGAUGCAGUCGAGAAUGCGUCUUUUUAGGCAGGGAACAAAGCUUACUUGUUGCAAUAACAAAUACAAUAAUAUAAUAAAAAAAAUAAAAAUAAAAAACACUCAUAAUGCAUCUUAGUGUAAAUUGUAAAUAUAUGCAUAAUUUGUAUCUUUAAGGCUUUUUAUUAUAUGAUGUAUUUAAAACAUUUUUAUUCUAAUCUCUGAUUUCCAUGAGAAGGCCAGUAAUGUAAUUAUUCGAAAUAUUGCAGUAACUACAAAACA